AUGCAGGUGGAGCUCGCUGCUUGCACCGCUUCCCAGUCAGGCAAGGCGGAGGAGACGCCGCCGCCCUCCCCGGCCGCCGCUGACGCAUCAGUGGCGGAGGACGCUCCGUUCCUCCCCGAUGGGGGCGUGCGGCGCCGGCCGGGGUGCGGGCGGUUCGCGCAGCGUAGCGGCUCCUUCCGCCGUGAAGUCGGCCGCGUCGCCGCAGAGACCUUCCUCCUCACGCGGCUCACCCUGAUCCUCCUACGCUACCUCGGGAUAGGCUACAGAUGGAUCAUGCAGUUCCUAGCCCUCUGCUGCUAUACCCUCUUGCUGAUGCCAGGUUUCAUUCAAGUUGUGUAUUAUUAUUUCUUCUCAAGCCAAGUUCAUAGAAGUGUUGUAUAUGGAGAUCAGCCUAGAAAUAGAUUGGACUUGUAUAUACCCACUACUACAACAGGGUUGAAGCCAGUUGUUGCUUUUGUGACUGGUGGAGCAUGGAUCAUUGGGUACAAAGGGUGGGGUGCCCUUUUAGGCAGACGCUUGGCAGAAAGGGGCAUCAUAGUUGCAUGCAUUGAUUACAGAAACUUUCCUCAAGGGACUAUUGGUGACAUGGUAGAAGAUGCUUCUCAAGGGAUCUCUUUUGUCUGCAACAAUAUAGCAAGUUAUGGAGGCGAUCCUGGCAGGAUUUAUCUCGUUGGACAAUCUGCUGGUGCACAUAUUGCUGCGUGUGCCCUCUUAAAUCAGGCUAUUAAAGAAUGUGGUGAAGGAGAUACUUCCUCUUGGAGUGUUUCGCAACUAAAAGCUUACUUUGGUAUUUCUGGCGGGUACAAUCUCCUUAACUUGGUUGAUCAUUUCCAUAGACGUGGCCUUUACCGAUCCAUCUUUCUCAGCAUUAUGGAAGGUGAAGAAUCGCUGAAGAAAUUCUCUCCACAAGUGAUGAUUAAGGAGUCAUCUGCUAGGCCUGCAGUUUCUUUACUGCCUCAUAUCAUCCUUUUCCAUGGAACAAGUGACUAUUCAAUACCGUCAGCUGAAAGUCAAGCAUUCGUUGAUGCUCUACAACAGCAUGGUGCUAAAGCAGAUCUAUUCUUGUAUGAAGGGAAGACACAUACUGAUCUAUUCCUUCAGGAUCCUCUUCGUGGUGGUAGAGAUAAAAUGCUCGAAGAGAUUGCAAGUGUGAUACACAGUGACGAUCCAGAUGCAUCUGCUCAGCGCCUUGCCGUGCAACAGGCACGGCGUCUUGUUCCUGAAUUCAUGCUGACGCUUGCUGGGAGAGUAAGCCCUUUCUGAAUAUGGUGGUGGUCUGUGACUGCAACAAUAGCCAGAUGGAACUGUAAGAUUUUGUACAUCAGGGGACCGCACGCCUGAGGCACCGGGGGCAUACGUAUCAGGAAAAUAUGUCGCUCCCCUGUCGGUUAGUAAUCUUGUACUCAACUAGGACCCCGACCCUCUCCGCGUUGGACACUGUAUUGAUCCACCAAGACGUGUCUCCUUGUUCUGUAUUUGUUGUGUACGCUACAGAUCUUUCCUGAGACGUUUGUCUAUUGUAUUGCAUCUCGAUGUACAGCUCAUUAAGCUCUUUAACAAAGUUCCUCGCAAACAGAAAAAAAAAAAGGCACUUUAA